AGUUAUUUGAGAGUGGGUAUAAAUAUUUGUUGUUUUUCCAAUAAACUUAAAAAAAAAUAGUCUAUUGUUUCACAAAUAGCUCUUACUUGCAGUUCAUUGCGGAAGAAAUCAAAUAUUAAAACUUAUGAGGGAAGUUAUUCGAUACAAGUAAAUAUCGAUAAAAUAAAUAUUCUGUGUUGGAAAACGCAGUCAAACUAAUGAAUAUGUCGAUAUGUAGAGGUGCUUUUUUCAUUUACCGUUUACCCGCUCUGUUUCAUACGAGUUUCCGUUUGGAGUGAUUAAUGUCAAAUUAUUUGAAGGGAAAGCUGCAACUUAUUUUCAUCAUGGACUCAGAUUUCGAUUUUUCGAAGGAAUUCAAGCGAGGAACCGCUUCACAAGGAUGUAUAACUGGCGAUCCGAAAAUUCUAGCCGUGGAGUCUAAAGACUCCAAUGCGAUCAAACGCGAAAUGGUUGGCACGGAUGAUGUGAAUGGAAUUGUCGAGAAAGAAAAAGAACUCAUGAUGAAAUUGGAUGGUGACAAGAACAACUUCUCAAUGCGCAAUAAAACACUUAAUGAUUUGGAUAGUAACGACGAUGGCGGCGAAAUGGAAGAGCAGCCGCGCGUGCGCUCUGAUGAAGCCUACUAUGAGAAAUAUCACUUCGAUUUAAAUCGGGACAAGAAUUUGUCCAUCUAUGCACAUUAUGGAGAAAUUAUGGCCGCCAUUAAUGAUAAUCCGGUGGUUAUAUUAAAAGGAGAGACGGGCUGUGGUAAAACUACACAGGUGCCGCAGUACAUAUUGAAUGAAGCUUUCAAGAGGCGCGAAUUCUGUAGAAUUGUUGUAACACAGCCACGACGUAUCGCUGCCAUAUCGAUUGCCAAUCGUGUUUGCCAAGAACGGCAAUGGGAACCAGGAACUGUGUGUGGAUAUCAAGUUGGCCUACACCGUCCCGCCAAUAUGGAGGACAUUCGCUUAUUGUAUUGUACCACAGGUGUAUUGUUGAAUAAUCUCAUUAAUCAAAAGACAUUCACACACUACACUCACAUUAUCUUGGAUGAGGUACAUGAGCGGGAUGAGGACAUGGACUUUUUGUUGAUUGUUGUACGCCGACUGCUGGCACUGAAUACACGUCAUGUCAAAGUCAUCCUGAUGUCUGCCACUAUUGAUGCUAAUGAGUUCUGCAAGUAUUUUGCUAGCACUUCAUGGAUACCACCCGUGAUUACUGCUAGUCACCGCGGCAAAUAUCCGCUAGGUGUAUUCUAUAGAGAUGAGUUAAAGAAUAUUACACAUUGUGAGGAUGAGCCCCAACAGCGGGAACCAGGUAUAUCACCAGAUCGCUAUGGCGAUGCCAUUGAAAUACUUUUGGCGAUUGACAACAUGGAACGCAAGGCGGUUGGGACAUCCCGACAAACCUAUGAGGAGUCGAAGCGCACAGGAGCAGUGCUCAUUUUUUUGCCAGGCAUCCAUGAGAUUGAUACUAUGGCCGAGCAUAUUAGACAAAAAAUGGGAGAAAAUCCUAGUGUUGAAAUUACAAUUGUGCGAUGCCAUACGUUGUUGUCGCCCGAGGCUCAAGCAGAAGUCUUUCAACCACCUCCCGUUGGCCAUCGCAAGGUGAUACUGACUACAAAUAUUUCGGAGAGCUCUAUAACCGUGCCAGAUGUAUCCUAUGUCAUUGACUUUUGCCUAACCAAAGUGCUACAUACCAAUUCUGCAACGAAUUUUAGAAGCCUUCGCUUGGAGUGGGCCUCCAAAGUGAAUUGUCGUCAACGAGCUGGACGUGUUGGACGUCUACGAAGUGGUCGCGUUUAUCGUAUGGUCACAAAGGACUUUUAUGUAAAUGAAAUGAAAGAGUUUGGAGUCCCCGAGAUGCUUCAAUCGCCACUUGAGAAGUCGAUACUAAAAUCCAAGGAACUUGACAUGGGUAGUCCAACUGAAAUUCUGUCCCUAGCGAUGUCUCCACCAAAUCUACUCAACAUACACAACACGGUCCUCUUGCUGAAGGAGGUUGGAGCCCUUUUUACUACGGUUGAUGGAGUUUACGAGGAUCUCGACGGCGAUAUCACCCAUUGGGGUCGCAUUAUGACACGUCUCCCACUAGACAUGCGUUUGAGCCGCCUUAUUAUACUUGGAUACGUAUUUAAUUGCCUCGACGAGGCUAUUAUCAUGGCUGCUGGAAUGUCUGUUCGUGGAUUGUUUCUCACUGAAAGACGAGGGCAAAAUGAAGCUUUUUGGAAGCGCUACGCUUUCUCCGAUGGUUCUGGGUCGGACAUGAUUGCUGUAUAUCACGUGUACAAAAUGUAUCUGGACAUAUGCCAGAACAGAAAUCAAAAGGAUUCGGAACACCAAUGGGCUCGGCAGUUUUGUGUUUGUUUGCGUUCUCUUCGAGAGAUGCAUUUGAUGGUACAAGACCUGCAGCAGCGCUGUACUUCUAUGUAUCUACAAAACAUGCCAUCUAAUGCUUGCAAGUCUUGGAAUGAUCGUCAAAAAUCCAUAGUUUUGAAAGUAAUAAUUGCCGGCGCAUUUUAUCCCAAUUAUUUCAAGUGCACCGCUAAAGCAAACGAGGAUUACGAUAUAAACAUAUACAAAGCUCUUAAUGGCAACGAUCCUUGUCGCACUGUCUACUUUACUAAACUUACACCAAGGUAUAUGGGUGAAUCAUAUACUCGACGGAUUAAGGAAUUAUUUUUAGAGGCAAAUAUUCCGGCCAAGAUGGAUGUUACAUUUUCGCAUGGUUCAGUUUUUCUAGAUUCCGAUCCACAAGAUCGCCAUGAUCAAAUGGUGGUGGCAGCGUCUGUCAGUGAUACAUCUGGUGAUAAGUUGACUGCUCGAGGCACUACUCUUAUGCCAAAUAUUCACGGCUUUACUGCUUUGAUGACUAUGCUCUUUUGUCCCACAAUGCAAAUCAAAUGCAAUAAGGAACGAACGAAAUAUGUGUGUGUUUUAGCUGGACUUGGCUUUAAUCCAAAAACUAUGCAAUCUCAUUUUGAAGAGCACGACAUGGUCGUUAAUUUGGAUGUCGCAGUUCUUGAGGACGAUAUUCGUAUUAUCAAUCAAAUGCGUUACACUAUUGACAUGUUGUUCUUCCACAGCGACCCUAAUCAACUGCGCAUCGCUACAGAUGAGGGUCGUGCUACUAUUUUUAAUCAACUGCAAUCUUUGCUUACACGGCUUCUGAACAAAGAUCGGAGUUUUAUUGAACGUAACCUGUCAAAUUCUGAUUAUGUUUGGGAACCUGCCGCCGAACCGUUUGGCAAGCGAUCCAUAUUGCCUAAACAUUGCUAUUACGAACUCGAAAUCGACAAUAUGCGUAACUUUUUGGCCUUACUGGCGAAUUGCAAAGAACUUUACGAGUGGCGCAACUUUCGAAGAGAUAUGCCAAUGCGGCAAUGCAAAUUGUGUAACGUAAUGUUAGAAAGCGUCACCCAAUUGCGGUUGCACUUGCUUACCCAACUACAUCGCGAUCGGGAAAAGCAGAUCGGAUGGAUACCUCUGUGCAGUUUAUUAAAUUUAAUUUAA